AUGGAGCAACCAAAAAUUUGGGGACCUGGCUCUAUAAUAGCGUUUUUCAUCAUCGUCGCUAUACAAUUUCUUAUGCCCCUUUUCAUGGGUCCUGUUUCCCCACCAACAUUGCCAUUGAUAUUGAUUUUCCCAAUCGUUCUUGCUACAAUUCUCAUCUUCCUCAUCAUCACCUCUAAUUGA